AUGGUCUUGAAAGCCUUGUCGACAAAGUCGGGCGACGGACAGGUGCCAGACGCUGAGAAUGGCGCGCCAAAGACGACUGCUCCAUUUGGACUGUGGGAAAGCGAGAUUAGCAAGGAUGCCGUCUUCAGCAAUAGCUGGUCGAUGAUGUCCCCGAGGGUUUGCAGGAGAACGGGGCGGGCAUUCUUCUGCGAGGCGCGGUCCGAUGGCAAGACCCACCUGAUGGAAGUUCGAGACGGAGAGUGUAUCGACGUUCUUCCAGCGGGCUUCAGUGCUCAGAGUCGUGUAUACGAGUACGGUGGCAGUCCAUACGCAACUUUACCAGAGGGCCAAAUCCUCUUCACCAACUUCGCAGAUAACUCAUUGAACAUUCUUCGUCUAGAAUCCGGCUCCUCUGAACCCCUUGCGCAGAGUGCCACUCUGCGUUAUGCUGAUUUCGACGUCCACCCUGGCGAUGAGCCGUGGGUGCUGGCCGUUCAAGAAGAUCAUGAGUUCGAUAUUCCUGACAAGGUCAGAAACUAUGUUGUCGCAAUCAACUUCAAGACCGGAGACAUCAAGAGAUUAGUCGAAGGAGCAGACUUCUAUAUGUUUCCAGGCUUCUCUUCCGACGGCAAGAAGAUCUGCUGGGCCGAAUGGGACUUUCCUGGCAUGCCUUGGGCCGGUGUGCGUCUAUUCUGGGCCGACUGGUCAGACGGAGGUAUCAAGGCUGAGACCAUCGAGCUCGUGGCCGGCAGCACCGAGGCGACGGUGACAGAGCCAAGAUGGGGUCCUGAUGGAUAUCUAUACUUCGCGCUAGAGGCGACCAACUACUAUCAACUCUACCGUCGGGGACCUGAUGAGGCGGCAGCCAAAUUGAUCGAUUUACCUGGCUUGAGAAACGUUGAAUUCGGAAGUGCCAAGAUGGCUUGCGGAAGUCACACGUAUGCGAUACUCUCGAGCAACAGACUCGUGGCCGCCUGUACAGACGGUGGCUCAGAUAGAUUCAUCUCGGUAGACCUCGAUACCUUUGAGCUGACGGAGCUGUCAUUGCCGUUCUCAACCGUACAUUUCGAUGGCAUUGAGCGGGUCUCAGAAGAUUCGUUCCUGUUGAUUGCGGAUAGUUCAACCCGGCCGCAAGUUGUUUGCAAGGUUCAGCUCACAGCUGAUGGCGCACAGCAUGUAGUUCUGCGCGACUCCACGGACCAGCAACUCCCAAGCUCCGUGUUUUCCGUUCCCGAGGCUAUUCGAUUUCCGGCGAAGAAGGGACUCAAGCGUGAUGUUCAUGGAUUCUUCUGGCCUCCUCAUAAUCCUCGCUACCAGGGUCCUGAUGGCGAGAAGCCGCCGUUGAUCAUCCAAUCCCAUGGAGGCCCUACUGGCCAUACACCACCCGCCCUUAUGCUCUCGUUGCAGUACUGGAAUGCGCGGGGAUACGCGACAUUCGCAAUAAACUACACUGGCUCCGACGGGUAUGGGAAAGAGUAUCGGGAGAUGCUCAAUGGCCGAUGGGGUGUCAUUGACGUCGACGACGUUGCCGAGUGCGUCCAGUAUCUCGCCGAAACAGGUCGCGUUGAUGGUUCCAGAAUUGGCAUCAGAGGUGGAAGCGCCGGCGGCUACAGCGUGCUACAAGCGCUCUGCUGCUACCCAGAGAUCUUUGCCGGGGGGGUAUGCCUCUUCGGAAUCAGCGAGGUGAGGCUGCUUCUUGAAACAACACACAAGAUGGAAUCACGCUACGUCGACAUGCUUAUGUUCACGAACGAUAUGACUGAGGAGGAUAAAAGGAAAGUAAUGAAAGAACGCUCCCCUGUCUACCAUGCCGGAAAUAUUACCGCGCCGCUUCUUAUCCUGCAUGGCGAAGAAGACAAGGUUGUACCUAUCUCGCAGGCCUACACUAUGUAUGAUGAUAUCAAGAGACGAGGAGGUCAGGUUAAGCUGGUUAAGUUCCCAGGGGAAGGCCACGGGUUUCGGAAUGGCGCCAAUCGGUUGCUGUCACAGGAAGAGGAAGAAGCUUGGUGGAAGAAAACGUUGGUAAAGGCAAGAGUCCACGCAUAG